AUGGAUCGUAUAGCCCACGUGGGGCGAGUCAGCAAGGCCGCGAGUCAGCACGCCCACUGCUUCACCAUCGUACCCGACGAAGAGCAGCCGCCGCUCAUCCUGGCCUGCGACGACAACAUGCGGAUGCUGGAGUGGAUUUCGGCCGUCAAGUUGCUGAGUUCGAAGCUGGUCAAACCGCCGGAGCCGGUCCCGCGCAGGGAGCCGCCCUCGGGGGAGGAUCGCACCGAGCGCCAGUCUUCUGCUGACUCCCAGCAGCAGCAGAGCUCACCACUGUCGUCUGAAGGUCCCUCCGUCAUGAUCCGGCCCAAACCGGACGGAGCCAGUGCCAGCCGAAGCCCAGGCAAGAGGCGGAGCUACAAGGUGUACGUCAUGCCAACUGAGCUGGCCUCGACCAUCAAGCUGACCGGGGUCUUUCGUAUCAGAGUCACUCGCAGAAGUGUGGAAGUAUACAGUCUGUAUGGAGGAGCACCAAAGCUCAACCUCCCACUGAGCUGCAUCAAGGGUUAUAAAGUAUAUCCAUCUGCUGUGGAAGUGGACAAGAUCUUGGUUCUUGAGACAGCAAGGCAUUCGCCUGCCGGGCAGGGGAUCUUCCAGUUUCGCACGGCUCACUGCGACAACAUUUGUGAUGCGAUUCGGAGUCACACCACAGAGGGGGAGGAGGGUCUGGUUCCUCUUGAUGUCCCAGAGCAGGAUGAUGGAGAUGAAGAUGAUGCCCCGCGCUCGCCAACAAUCACCCUUCGAAACAUCGACGGCCUCAGCUCCUGCAGCCAACUGGACAGCUCAGAAAACGUGGCAAGCACGGACUACGCCGGCAAAUGUUCCGAGGACAUUGCGCGCCGUAGUUUCUUUGCAGACGGGGACGACAGAGCCUCCGAGAACGACACAACUGCGAGCGAUCAAAGCUCCAGUGACGAGAAUGACACACCGGAGGAGGAGGCUGGAUAUUUGACUUUGCUUGACACAACUCCACUGGACGACUCGGCGACGCCCGGUAACCAGAGAAUCGUACCGACCAUCAGCGUGAAUGCGGCUGGUGCAGAGGGGAGCAAAGCAUCCUCUCCUGUUGACACAGACUCGGAAACACAAUCAGGAGAAGAGGCCAGCAAUAGUCCGAUCGGUCCAAGAAAAGAAGAUGAAAGCUCCUUACCAGAUCCAAAGGCAACUGAGGGCAAUGAUCAAAGUCACAGCCAAGAAGGUGCCCUUGACACUGAAGGAGACAUACAAGAUACAACAAAGCUGUUACAGAGUGCAGGUUCUGUUGUUCCUUCGGACGACUGCGAAAGCCCAAAAGAUAACACAAAAGAAGAAGGCAAUGCAAGAUCUGGUGGGGAUGGAGAACAAAAAGAAAAUGAUGGAGCUAAGUCCACAUCAGAAAGCAUGGCUGAUGGUACUAGCCAGAGUGUUGCUCCACAAGACUGUCCUAAUGUCAGCGUACACAUGUCCGUCACUGACAGCGUGGCUGAACCUUCAACAUCACCUUUAGGCUCCCAGGAAAGGGUAGGGCAAGAAGUAGGGGACUGUGAUCCAGAGAAGGAUCAGAAGAGCCUUCUAUGUCUUCCCGAUGCGACCGAGGAAUCAUCAUCUGAUGAGCUGGCAGAAGAGUUGACAGACACCGAUGACAUCACCUCUCACGGCGCGAGCCCAGUCAGUGUAGGAAGUGACGAAAAGUUGCUUCAGGAAGAUAAUAAGGGCAGUGCAGAUCUUACUCAAACACAGAGCACAAGUAUCAAACUUCAGUUGGUAUCACCUACAGACCUGAAGACCUCUGAUGCAGAAAUAGAGCUGAAAGAAGAACCAGGAGAGGACAUACCCACCCCAAAAGUCACCGCUACAGCUAAACCACCUGUUAAAUUGGGCCUCACCACAUCUUUGGGGGUGGAAAAAUGUUCAGAAGAUGAAGCCCCGAUUUGUCGAGUUACUUCUUUACCUGCAAUGAUGCCAGAAGAACAGCUAUCACUGAGAUCAGUAGGCAGCUAA